AUGAUGGCAGAUCCGGUACAGUACACUAUUGGCUGGAUUUGCGCUAUUAGCACCGAGUAUGUCGCUGCACAGACUUUCCUAGAUAAGAAACAUGGACUUCCCGACAGGCUAUCUCCAGGAGACUGCAACAACUAUACUCUUGGCACAAUUGAAGGUCAUAACGUUGUCAUUGCCGUCCUACCAAAUGGUGAAUAUGGAACCGCGUCUGCAGCUGUCGUUGCAACACAUAUGCUUCGCAGUUUUCCGAAUGUUCGAGUAGGCCUAAUGGUUGGCAUUGGUGGUGGAGUGCCAAGUCCAAAGCAUGAUAUUCGACUUGGAGACAUUGUAGUCAGUUCUCCAUUUGAAGGACAGGGUGGUGUGGUCCAGUAUGAUUUUGGGAAAGCCAUUCAGGGGCAAAGCUUCCAACUUACCCGAUUUCUAAACCAACCACCCAUGAUUCUGCAAACUGCAGUGAGUGGGCUAAAUACGCAAUAUGAGAUCGAAGGUCAUAAUCUUCAUGACGCUGUUUGCGAGGUUCUCGAGCAAAAACCAAGACUGCGAAGGAGAUAUCAGCGACCCGAUCCCAAAACAGAUCGACUGUAUGAAAGCAAUGUCAUUCAUCCAUCGAGUGACAUUCAAGCUGCUGAAUGCGUGGUUACGUGUGGAGACAAGCCGCCUAUGUUGAUAACAAGAAAAAGUCGGACAGAUGAUCAUGAUAAUCCAAUGAUCCACUAUGGUCUAAUAGCUUCCUCAAACCAGUUGAUGAAGAAUGCAUUGACUAGGGAUAAGCUUGCGGCAGAAAAAGAUGUGCUGUGCUUUGAAAUGGAAGCGGCGGGACUAAUGAAUCAUUUCCCCUGCUUGGUAGUUCGAGGUAUUUGUGAUUAUUCUGACUCUCAUAAGAAUAAAGAAUGGCAAGGAUAUGCUGCAAUGGUUGCUGCAGCUUAUGCUAAAGAUCUUCUGCGACAAAUUGUACCAAGUCAGGUGGAGACAGAGAGAAAGAUUGUUGAUAUCAUGGCUAGUAUUCAGGGGAGCAUCCAUACGGUUUCAACGAAAAUUGACAGGAUUGUGGACAUUCAACAUGGUCAAAAUCAGCAAGCAAUCCUUGACUGGCUGCAUCCAACCGACUACUCUUCUCAACAGAAUGACUUUAUUGCGAGUCGUCAGGAAGGAAGUGGAGAAUGGAUUUUGAAUUCGGCUCAGUUUCAACAAUGGAUACACCAAGAGACGGCUACAUUAUUUUGCCCUGGGAUUCCAGGAGCCGGCAAGACUAUGGCCACAUCCAUUGUGAUUGAUCACCUCCAGGAAAAGUUUCGAACUCGUCGAGAUAUAGGUAUCGCCUUCAUAUACUUCAACUUUCACCAACAUAUUGAACAAGGUAUUAUUGGUUUAUUCUCAUGUCUCCUGAGGCAGUUAUCCUUCCAGACCGGCGGCAUGGAUGAAGUGACGAAGCUUUACAAUUACCACAAGCCUAGACGAAGUCGUCCUGCUUUUCAUGAGAUCUUGGAUUCGUUAAAACAGGUCAUUAUGAGCUUCUCAGGCACAUUUGUUCUUAUCGACGCAUUGGAUGAGUGCAGAUUACCCAACGGGGUUCUCAAACUCCUUUCUGAAAUCUUCGAGCUGCAAGCUGUAGCUGGGUUCAGUCUUUUUUCAACAUCACGAUUCAUCCCAGAAAUCAAAGCAACUUUUGAGGUAAAAAAUGCUACUUCCAUGGAGAUAAAAGCUUCUGAUAAUGAUAUGCUGAGCUAUCUCAACACCCAUCUCUCAAAACUACCCUCAUUUGUCAUAAAGGACUAUCAAAUUCAAGAAAAAGUCAAGUCUGCCGUUAUAGAAGCGGCUGACGGAAUGUUCCUUCUCGCAAAACUUCUCUUGUAUUCACUGGAAGAUAAAAUAAAUCCACGACAGCUUGCAAUUGCGCUGGAGUCACUUCCGAGAGGAUCCGAUGCAUAUAAUGAGGUCUACGAAGACGCCAUGGAGAGAAUACAGAGUCAAAGACAAGGUCUUCGUGAUUUGUCGUUUCGAGUGAUUACUUGGAUUGUUCAUGCCCAGAGACCUCUAACAAAAUCAGAGAUGCAGCAUGCACUGGCUACUACAACCGAUGCUGUAUCACUCGACCUCAACAAUAUUACCGAAAUUGGACUUAUUGUCUCUGUAUGUGCGGGCCUGGUGACUGUUGACGUGGAAAGCAACAUUGUCCGCUUGGUUCACCAUACAGCAAUGGAGUAUUUUGAUCGAAUGAGGACCAAGUGGUUUCCGAAUGCCCAUGAUGAGAUUACCCAGACAUGUGUAACAUACUUAUCAUUCCAAGGGUUCGAAACUGGACCAAGUCCAACAUCAAACGAGUACAAGACUCGAAUACAAACAAAUUCUUUGUAUGAAUACGCAGCAAGAUAUUGGGGCUAUCACGCUCGUAUUUCCUCUAUUGAAAAUGACAAGCCGAUACUCGACUUUCUUGGAAACAAGAGCAAAGUUUCAGCGAGCACCCAGGCUAUGAUUUAUCAUGAACUCGGUUACUACGAUGACAUUCAGAUGAACAGCACACACCUUGCAGCAUACUUCGGACUUACAAAGUCCAUGUUAGCUCUGCUUCAGAGACAAUGUGAUGUCAAUUAUAAGGAUAAAUCCUUCGGUCGGGCACCACUUUCAUGGGCUAUCAAGAACGGACAUGAAGCAGUUGUUAAAUUACUGCUAGACCACAAUGCUGAUGUUCUCACCAAAGACAAAUCCGGGCGGACACCGCUCAUUUUGGCAUCCGAAAAUGGAUUCGAGGCUAUAGUGAAACUGCUGAUAGACAAGAACGCAGAUGUAAGGUCUAGAGAUAGAGAUUUCGGCCGUACAUCGCUCUCGUGGGCAGCAAAACAUGGACACGAACCAAUCGUGAGACUACUGCUCGACAAGAGCACCGAGAGAAUCAAUUCAAAGGACAAAUCCGGCAAUACCGCACUUACUUGGGCAUCUAGGUAUGGCCACUUGGCGGUAAUUAAGUUGUUGCUCGAUAAAGGGGCGGCUACGGAGGUUGCAGAUGAGUUCAGCCGAACACCGCUCUCAUGGGCUGUCAUAAAUGGUCAUUUAUCAGCUGCGGAUUUACUUCUUGAGAGACUUGCACAUGUUGAUUGUGUUGAUAUGUUGGAACGAACCCCGCUGUUAUGGGCUGUGGGGAAGAAACAUAAAGAGAUGGUAGAGCUAUUACUGCAGAAGAACCAUGGCCCUCAAGAUCAGGCUAACACCGGCCAAGCCCUUUUAUGGGCUGUUAAGGACCAAGCCAUUGCAUUAGUGAUACUUCUACUGAAAAAAAUGGCACCUGUUGAUUUUCAGGACACAAGUGGCCGGACACCCCUCUCAUGGGCAGCAAGCACUGGAUCUGCGGAUAUCGUAAAGCUGCUACUCGCCAAUAAUGCCGUUAUUGAGCUUGCUGAUAUAGAUGACAGAACUCCUCUUUCUUGGGCUACAGAUAAGGGAGAUGAGACUGUUAUAAAGCUGCUACUUGACAACAACGCCAAUAUUGAAUCUGGUAACAGAAAUUUACAAAGGCCUCUCAUGAGGGCAACGAUCACUGGACGCGAGAAUAUUGUUAAGCUACUACUCGACUACAAUGCCUCUGUCUAUUAUGGUGAUCUAGGUGGCCGUACACCUAUUUCGUGGGCUGCAGAGCUAGGACAUGAGAACAUUGUGAAGCUGCUACUUGACAACCACUCUAAUGUUGAUUCUCUUGAUGAAUUUUAUCGAACGCCUCUUUCAUGGGCUGCAACAAGAGGACAUGUGAGUAUUGUGCAGCUGCUGCUUGACGGGGGAGCCGCCAUUAAUAAUCCUGACUCUUAUGGCGGAACGCCUCUCUCGAGGGCUGCGAGCCAGGGGCAUGAGGCUAUUGUAGGGCUGUUACUCAAAAACCAGGCGGUUGUGGAUUGGGCUGAUAACGAGGAUCACACCCCGCUCGCCUUAGCUGCAAAGAACGGCCAUAUUUCGGUAGUAAGAGUGCUUCUUGACAGCAACGCUAAUCCCCAUUAUCAGGAUGAGCACAGCCGAACACCGAGAACAUUAGCUUCGGAUAUGGGUCAUGAGUCAGUCGCUACUUUGCUGUAUGAAGCAGAAUGCAUACGCCGAUCAAUUGAUGGCGGCUCCGAGGGAGCUACCACAUUCAGUCCAUGUGUUAGCUGUUGGGAGAACUUUGCUCAGUGUGACCUCAUGAAACCCAGGUGCUCCCAAUGUCAAGAUCUAAACGGUGAUUGCGUUUACGGCCCCAUCCAGAUACGGCCACCUCCAGUUCCUACCUAUUCCCGCCCUCCUAUUUCCAGACCCAUUGGCUUAAUCUGGCUCUGA